CGGGGCGAAGUCCACCGUAGCAUAUACACAGUAUAGGCUUUACCAGGCAGUAUGAAGAUGGGAUAUAGGAUUAUAUAUAUAUGUCGAAGGGAAAUCGUUUGCUCGAGUGAUAGCCGCGAUCCGCGAUAACUUGGACUCCGUGCUUGAUCUGGACGGACAAGUUCGAUGAAAUAUAUGCUUCUCUCCCAAUUUGUGUGUCUUACAUUUAAAUUUGAUUACCAUUAUAUUACAUGUAAUUGUUUACAUUGAGUUUAUAAUAGGAAGUAGACUUUUUAUGUGAACAUCUUAUUACAGGCAGUAGAAGCCGAUUUACAAUCAAGCGAAGCCCAUACACAACAUUUGCACGAUUAUUUAUUAAUCUCAAACAUUAUUAAUGCACAUUGCAAUGAAUUUAUUUAAACCAUUUUGCCAUACUCAUUUGUUCCGAUAUUUGUACUACUCAUUAUGAAAAUGGUAUGUUAGAUAUUUAUACUGAUAGUCGCGCACAUAUUGAAACCCAAGGGGUUCUCGGACUCCUGGAAGUAAUAUUGGCGGGAAAAGACCGAGACGAAGACUGUUGCUGGUAAUAUUGACGGCAGAAGACCGACACGGAGACUGUUGUCGGUAAAAUUGAUAUUUAAUUUGUAAUCAUUUUCGCAAAAUUAUGCAGAGCGGUCGUGGCGCCCCAUUCUAUCGAAAAUUGUACGUUGCUGAUGCUGACAAAGCCGCGCAUGCGCGAGAAUCCUCGUAUCCUAGCGGACAACACUGCUGAACUGCUGAGCAAAUGGAGAAAUAUUCUCAUAGGAAAGACUAUCAGAGAUCAAAGAGAGAAAGCAGAGAUCGACAUAGAUAUAAAGAUAGGAAUUCGCGUAAGGAUAGUGAUAGUGAUAGUGACCAUGAUAAUCGUUCCAAAAGCUCGAAAUCCAGGCAUGGAGAGGCUGGAAGUUCUAGCCAGAAAUAUAAGAAAUCUGGACACAGAGAUUUUUCCGAAUCGCGUGAGUCUCGCAAAAAAGCUGCCAAGCAUAAAAAUAAAAAGAGGUCAUCUUCAUCUAAUUCAUCAAGUGCAAGUGAUUCUAGUAGUUCACCUUCAUCCAAUAGCUCCUCAGAUUCUACCAAACUUUUGGAGAAACUUCAAAAACAACGUCAGAAACAAAUGGAAGAUAGAAAACGUCAAAAGGAACUGAUGAAAGCGACAGAAACACCAGAGGAAAAGAGAUUGCGUCGUUUGAAGAAGAAGGAAGCUAAAGAACGCAAAAGAAAAGAAAGAAUGGGCUGGGAUAAUGAUUAUUUACAUUACACAAAUACAGAUAAUCCAUUUGGCGAUGGAAAUUUAUUAUCCACAUUUGUAUGGUCUAAGAAACUUGAGAAAGAAGGUUUGCUUGAUGUAAGUGGUGAGGAAUUAGAAAUUAGAAACAGGCACAAGCAAGAAGAAAACAAGAGGGAAUUAGAAAAAGUUAAGAAAAGGAGACAAGAGAGAGAGCUGGAAAGACAACAACGAGAAGAAGAAAUGACCUUGUUACAAAGGGGGAAAGAGGCAGCUCAGUUGGAACAAUGGGCACGGCAGGAGGAUCAAUUUCAUUUGGAACAAGCGAGAUUGAGAUCACGAAUUAGGAUACAAGAUGGCCGUGCGAAACCAAUUGAUCUCCUUGCCAAGUACAUUAGUGCUGAGGAAGAAGUUGAUGCUGUCGAAAUGCAUGAACCAUAUACUUAUUUGCGAGGAUUACACGUCAAGGAUUUAGAAGACCUCAUUGAAGAUAUCAAAGUAUACAAGGAAUUAGAACGUGGCAAAAAUUUAGAUUAUUGGAAUGAUAUUACAGUCAUUGUCGAAGACGAGCUUCACAAGUUGAGAAAAUUAGAGAGAUCAGAGUAUGAAGUCGCUGUUGGUAGAAGAGAGGGAAUACACGAAUCUGUUGCUAAGGACGUAACCGCUAUCUUCAAAGGAAAAACAGCUGCACAAUUAGAAGCAUUACAACUGCAAAUUGAAGCAAAAAUCACGGGAAAGCCUGAAGGUGUCGACAUAGGAUACUGGGAAAGUCUUUUAUCCCAACUGAAAGCGCAUAUGGCGAGGGCACGGCUAAGAGAUCGACAUCAAGAAAAUUUACGUAAAAAACUGGAAGUUUUAAUCGCGGAACAAGGAGUUGCUAGAACAGAAAAUGAAACUGAGAAUUCGCAAGCCACUGAACAGUCUGAUAAACAAGAAGAACCAGCUGUUAGCACGGCUGCAGAAAAAAGUGGAGAGAGUCAGUCAGAGUACGUAUCCGUUCGAUCGCAUAUGCACACGCGUUUAAAAUGUCUAAGUAUACAUGACGCUGUAUACAUUCACAGUGAUGACGAAGAUGCAGUCACUGCGGCUGAUGAUCUUUUGUCAGAAUCUUUUUGUGAAUAUGAAUCAGGUGGUUACUCUCCAAAAUAUAUACCUUAUUCUCAACUUGAGCCGGGAACAUUAGUAACUUUGGAAGAGGAUGAUAACCAACGAUUAGAAUACGCGCGAAAUCAAGUACUUAGCACGGGUCGUAAAAUUCAAAAUGUUAUGACCGCGGAGGAGCAAGCGAUGCACAGAGAAGCAUGUAAAAACAUGAGCUCGGACGAAGCACAGUUUAGUGUCGAGUCAUCGUUGGAAGCACAGAUUUAUUUAUGGUCUGACAAGUACAGGCCUAGAAAGCCGAGAUACUUCAAUCGAGUUCAUACCGGUUUUGAAUGGAAUAAAUACAAUCAGACCCAUUACGACAUGGAUAAUCCGCCUCCGAAAAUCGUUCAAGGCUACAAGUUCAAUAUAUUCUAUCCGGAUUUAAUAGACAAGAACACGACCCCGGAAUACUUCUUGAGACGGGAAUAGAAAAAGCCGGAAAGGCCGAAGACGGCGAACCUCGAGAAACCGACUGUAUUGGAUCCGGAUCUCGUCGACAAAUUGGACAUGUCUCUCCUAAGCAAAGAAUUGCUCGUCGACUCGAUAACGCGGUAUCGCCUCUCGAAAACAAUGAGUGGGGGUACGUCGUCGAUCCCUACGUCGUCAAGGUACCGCCCGAACGUCACGGAACAUCAACGACAACAGCAACAACAACGUAUCCCGUCAUCGAACGGCGAAGCUACAACGUGGAGCAGCGGUCCCUUCCCGAUAUCCCAUAAACGACGUAGCUUCGAACAAAUCCUCGACUCGAAGAUCCUCGACCCGCAGCUAGGUCACAUCGACGUAUCCAUUUUGUCACCGAGGAUGCAGAAACAUGCGCGCAUCGGUGGCCACGACGCAGCCACCGCGAGGAAGAGUUUGGACAACAGGAAACUCGACGACAAUAACAAUAGAAAUGGGUCGAGUAAGAUGCUCUCUCUGUCGACGCUGAAGAAGAAGAACUCGCGGCCCACUAUACAAAGCGAUUUAGAGGUGUUCACGUCGAUCUCGAGAAGUGCCCCGGAGCCCUGCAAAAGUUGCGGUAAACCAGACCAGCCGGAACGAUUGCAUAGUCACCCGAAGAGUAGCCAGCCUAGGGCGAAGGACAGCCCUACGAAGACGAAGAGCACGAUACCGAAGAUCGUUCAGAAGCCUGUCGCUCUGAACUAUCGUAGCGACAAGAACAAGAACAAAGUGGACGACGCGGAAUCUAAGUCGGACCUCAGUCCUCAAGAAAUGUCGAGUCCACCCGUCAGGCCUUCCUCGGCGCCUAUUAAGAAAGGACCGAGGACUAUCACGUGUUACAUAUGCGGCCGUGAAUUUGGUACCGCCAGCUUUCCCAUUCACGAGCCCCGAUGUAUGCAAAAGUGGGAACGGGAGAACAAUUCUUUGCCCGCGAACCAAAGACGUCCGACACCUCAAAGGCCUCCCGUCUCCAUCGAUCAUUCAGACUGGAAUACCGCAGCAUGGGAAGAAAGCCAGGCACAAUUGAUCCCUUGCUUGAAAUGCAGAAGAACGUUUCUGCCGGAACGAUUGCUGGUGCAUCAGAAAAAUUGCAAUGCUCCUAUCAAGAACGCGGAGCUGGAUAAGAUGGUAGAACGACCGGUUCCGGUAAAAUCUGCUAGCACGCCACGGGUAGGACCGCCAAUGAUCGUUUGCCAGAGCUGCGGCAAAAGCUUCGGCUCGAAGAGUAUAAAGAUACACGAGCCGCAGUGCAUCAAACGGAUGCAAGCAGAAGUGGCGAAACAAACAACGGUGCACCCGCGGAAAAAGGACACGCGCGUUCAUCAUCCGAAGCCGGAAGCUCAAACUACAAUCGUACAGGAAAACCUGAGCAGCCCAACAGGGGAGAGCGCGCAGAAGAAGACGAUCACAUGCCACACAUGUGGCAGAGAUUUCGGAUCGAACAGCAUUGCCAUUCACAGACCGCAAUGCUUGAAAAAAUUGCACGUGGAGAACGAGAAACUUCCGCCAAGUCAAAGAAAAAAAGACUCGCAGGAGCCGGAAAUUACGUUCACCCGUGACAAGGAAAGCGGGGAUAUGAUAAUGGAUAUUAAUGCGAUGGCCGAAGCCAGUUGGAAAUGGCAUUUGAAUCAAUUGGUACCGUGCAAACGCUGCGGGAGGACCUUUAAUCCUGACCGCGUAAGCGUUCAUGAACGGAGUUGCAAAGGGAGCCGUUGAAUUCAUGUAACAGAAAACAAUUAGAAGAUUUACAGUUAAGAUAACAUUGUGAUGAUGUUUGAUUUUUCACAAGAUAACAAUAACAAGUGUAUCCAUGUUCUAUUAAAGAACGAUUGGAAUAUUUUAUUAAUGAUAAUGUUGUUUUACAUAAGAAGUCUUCUAAUUGUUUUCAUCUGUAUAUACAAUGUUUCCUAUCGUUCGAAGAUAACAAUGAUCUAGCACAUCAUGAAGAAAGUAAUUAGAUUGAUAGGCUGUAUUAUGUAUGAAGCUUCUUUUGUGGUGUGCACAAAUUUUGUACUCAAUAAAAAUCACAUAAAAAUGAAGAGAAUUAAAAAUAAUACUUACAGUUCUCUUUACCGUUUAUAAAAGUGCGGAUAUAAAUAUAUAAUUUAUACCAAUGUGAGCGCUUCUAAGAGUAACUGUUUUGUAAGAAGAUGCACAUUCGUUUUACAUAUGUACACACGUAACUAUUUUCAUCCUUGUAAUAAUUACAAAUUAAGAUGCGACGGCGUAUUAUAAUUUAAUUAGUUGCCUUCAGUUCAAUUAUUUGUAAGGAAAUAAAUUUUUUGGAAAUUUCGAA